AUGGCGGCGUACUGGCUGCGACGAAUAAAGCAGUAGGAAAAAAAAGGAUGGACAUUGGGUAGAACUGCCUGUACUGUAUAUGAUGCAAAUCAUGCAUCUUGUAGCCAUCCAGUAAUCAUCAAGAGUAACGGUUAUAAAAAUGUCGGGUGUAUUUGGUGGAACAGACUCCCCAAAUCUGUUUAGAGGAAAUGCUACACAGGGACAAAGCUCUGUCUUUGGCACAACUACUCCUUUUGGUCAAACUCAAAACCAAUCAAGCAUGCAAGCUCAGCCUUCAGUCUUUGGGCAGAUGUCAUCGCCCACAUAUGGGAAUACAACCGCAGUGACAGCAGGAGUUGUGUUCGGUCACCAGAGUUCUUCAUUUGUAUCAUCAGCGGGAGCAACAGGCCCACAACAACAGAGUAUUUUCGGAGGAACGACUUUCGGUCAAAGCACUUCUUUAUUUGGUCAGGGCAAAGAGUCAGAUGGCUCCAAAAUAAGCUUUCCAUUUACAAGUCAGACCUUUAGUCAGUCUGGUCCAAAGCAAACUGGGUCUGGUUUUGUGAGCAAUUUGUCUACAGGAACAGAAUCUUCUUCAGCUUUUGGUGGCAAGUUGAAAAUGUCUACAGGUUUUGCUCAGUCCCCUGUAGAAGCAGCAAAAUCCACAGUAUUCGGUGGACAAUCUUCAACUGAUCCUAAAUUUGUUUUUAAUACCUCAUCUGCCAUGGGGUCAUCACAACCGAAUGUAUUUGGUGGCAAUAUUAUCAAAACCGAGUCGGUAAUAAAAUCAGAGCCAUCACUUUUUGGAGGAAUUGGAACAGGUACUGGGGUAUUUGGUGGACAGAAGACUCCUCUCGUUAGUGAUGGCUCUGGUGGACAACAGACUGCACUGACAACCAGCAUUUUUGGCAAGACAUCAACAACUGCAUCGGCGUCCGGAACACAGCAACCUAAAUACGUGGCACCAAGUAACAAUGUUUUCGGUUCCAGCAGCAACCCACCACAGACAUCAGUUUCCAACAUCUUUGGUGGAAGCAAAACCUUUGGCACCUCUGCCCAGUCUGCACAGUCAACAUCACAGUUUAUUUUCACCACUGCAGCCCCCAGUGUGGCAAGUCGUGACACUGGCAGCAAGUCUUCAGACGAGGUGAAACUAUCGGUAGAGGUCAAACGGUCAGCAGAGGUCAAACGGUCAGUGGAGGUCAAACGGUCAACAGAGGUCAAACGGUCAGCAGAGUGGCCACAGAAACGGUUUGGCCGAAUAAACAGAGAACAACCUCAAGAUGGUUUGAACAGAAAUUCUGAACGUGGCAGUAGAAAUAUUUUCUCUAAAGCGAUAGCUGGUGUUGCAAAAAGGGAAAGUGACUCUACCUUCAAAGAAUCAUGUGGAAAGAUAUCAGAAACUGCUGCUGAAACUCAGGUAGAUGAGUGUAAGAAAACGUUCCGUCGAACAUCUUCCGUAGCUUCAUCAGCAGAUGACAUGAAAUCGAGGGUGGCCAUAGCCUGCAAAGGAAUUCCCGCCCAGUACAACAAAGGGCAAAUUCUCCGGAGGCAUUUCUCAAAGUUUGGUUCUGUAGUGAAAGUGUUUCCAAAUUCUAACAAGAGUUCAGCGGUUAUUCACUUUCGUAAUCAUGAUUCUGCUACAAAUGCUAAGAAAAAUGGACGAGUCCUAGCUAAAGGUAUCCCAGCCAUGCAGAUAUUCUGGAGUUCCCACAUUCCAAAAUUGUCGGCAGCAUCUACAUCAGCAUCAGACAGAUCGGAUAAAACAGAACGUACCACUGGUAGAAAAGAGAUAUCAAGAAAGUCCAAGUGGUCUGCGGAUGAUGUGGACGAUGAGCUUCAGUGUAUGGCUGGUACAAGUGAUGUUCGACACAGCAGCGUACGCUCGCUGGACCGACCCAAGGACUCGCCCACCAAGAAAACCUCUGGUUUCAGCACCGAUUCUAGCAAGAGAUCUGAUAUGUCUUCUUCUAAAGGAGACACUGUGACUCUUAAUUACUUGGCUAAGAUUGUUGCGAAGACAAACCAAGAGAAGAUGCAAGUGCUAGAUCAGAGGGACAAACUCAUUAGACAAGUUAGAGCUAAGCAGCGUGAUUUGGUAACAGCUAAAGCAUUUACUGGCGCCUGUAGGGACAUGUGUCCCGAGAAGGAACGCUACGACCGCGAAGACAAAAGGAGACUCAGCAUCUUUGAAUACGGACCUGGCAGUGAAAAUACGCCUGGUCAGAAUCCCAAAGCAGACCAUGCUAGAUGUGUCAAGGAAUACUCACGAGCCUCGGCAGAUCAGGAGGAGCCCCUGCCUCACGAGCUGCGCCCGGAGGAAGUGCUCGUACAGACGAUGACUUACCUGCUGAAGGAGAUAGUGGAUCGCGGGGAUGAUUUCAACUGGUGUGAAUGGUAUCAGUUUCUCUGGGAUAGAACUCGUGGAAUUAGAAAGGAAAUCACCCAGCAGCAGCUGUGCACCCCGGCGGCGGUGGGUCUGAUCGAGAAGUGCGUGCGCUUCCACGUGUUCUGUUCCGAGCGGCUGUGCGAGGAAGACAUGGCGGUGUUUGACGAGAAGAUCAACAACGAGAACCUCACCAAGUGUCUGCAGACACUCAAGGAGUUCUACCAUGACCUGGCGCUCAAGCAUGCGGUCUUCUGUCCGAGCGAGGCCGAAUUCCGCGCUUACAUCGUGCUUAUGAACCUCAACGAAGGAGACACACUCAGAGUAAUUCAGCAGCUGCGGCCAGAAAUACAGAACACCAAGGAGGUAAAGCUGGCCAUCAAGGUAUACAAUGCAGUCAACAGCAACAACUAUGUGCGGUUUUUCCGACUGGUCAAGGAGGCUUCGUAUCUGAGUGCCUGCAUCAUGCACCGCUACUUCAACCAGGUUCGGCAGAAAGCACUGAAUACAAUUCUGAAGGCUUACGGUGGCAAGAACAGCAAGUUUCCACUGCAAGAUCUGAUCCGAAUGCUACAUUUCGAGAGUAGUCAGGAAGCCUGUCAUUUCUGUGAGUUUUAUGGUCUCGACAUCCAGGAUGAUGCUCUUGUGCUGGAUCGGUCGUCUUUCAUCAUUCCGGAAACGACGUUCCUACCAACGAGAUCGAGAAACUUAAUCGAGUUGAAGAGGUUGUUACCAGUUGGAGAGGUGAUCAAUGGUGAACCGUUUGGCCCAUUCAAUCCACCACCGCCUACAUUCAGUUUUGACAGCGAGGGAAAGUUUAUUGUUACAGAUGCAUUGAAGGCUCAAGUUUUAGGGACAUCAUCAAUCCAGCCAUCUCAGACUUCCUAUCCUAGUUCUACACAAGCAGCUUCAAUCGUAUCUGUUUCAGCAGUUGAACAAAAACACGCAUUGCCUGUAGCUGAUGAAGAAUCGGCUUCCAAGGCAGAGGCUCUUAAGGCCAUUAAAACAGCAUUUUCUAAUGAGAUAAUCAAACAUGUAGCUAAAGACUUGUUCAUAGAAGUGAUAGAUGAGUUUGUUUUGGACCUGUCUCGGAGUCUGUUACAGGCAGCCUAUGAGGUUCACCUUGCCACACAAACAAUGGCAGAGGAGUUAAUUGAAGAAACAACUAGUACACUUGUCAGCGAGGUGUGUCAGUGUGUGUGUGAAGAAGAAGAAGCUGCCCGUAAAGAAGAGUAUAAGCGACAGGAGCGACAGUUGUCCACCACUCGCGCCACCGAGUCGAUCAGUGAAGAACUGAUGCAGAGUGUCGUAGAUCAGGAAGUGAGAAACAUGGUCACAUCGGAAGUCAGGGAACUGCAUGCAGUCCAGAAGAGAGAAAGAAUUGAGAGUUGUACACAGAGUAUCUCUGAAGUGUGGAUUGAACAGUGUGUAGCCGACAUGGUGAAUGAGGUCAGCUCAGAGGUGCAUCAAGUAGAUGUUGUUGAGAGACUGAAGCAACUCGAGGAAAUCGAACAGUGCGUCAAGCUCCAUCGAGCCGGCAGUUUUCUCCAGGUGUGGAAGAAGCGGUAUGCAGACCGCAUCAAACUGAAGAGGGCGAUGCUCGCGUUCCCGUGUGCGCCCUCGUGCCUGAGCAUCUCGUCCCAGCUGAAACAGCUGCUCCCCGACAGGGAGUCGAGCGUCGUGGUCAACAAGUCGAUGUACAUCAACAGAUGCGCUCAGCUGAACAUCGAGUCCCCCAUGGACAUGUUCCAUCGCAGUUUGAUGCUGACCGCUCAGAUCACGGCCAAGUGUCUGCACCAGCACCUGAUGCUGCAGAAAGCCUGGCAGCCCUUCGAUCUCGUGGCAGUCGUUGGCCAACAGAUUAAAAAUGUCUUUAUGCAAAACAGAGGCCAGUAUUUACACCUCACAGUUCCCCAUAUCUUUUGGAAGUUGGUCGUGUCCCUGCCAGAUAGUGGAGAUGGACUGUGGUCAGACGAGGUGAACACAUGGAUUUCUGCCAAGUUCCACAGAGGACAGAUUCCUUCACAUCCCAUGUCCCAAUACAAGGGUGAAGUGCUUUGCCUCUAUCAUAAAGAUGUUGAACUGCAGACUAGGCUAUCUCUGAAACUUGGAGUCUGUGUACGAACACUGAUUGGAACUCUUCACCAGAAGGAGGUGCAAACAGUUAAAGAGAACCGCUUACUGUUAGGAAGUUCGGCAAUUAUUUUUGUCUUACCCGAGCAACAUGAAAAGCCUACUUAUUGGCAAGAUGCAAGUGAAAGAUUGAAAUCAGUUGUGUAUGGCAAACCAGCUGAUCCAGCUUUACCAUUGGUGAUUGUCAUUCCCCAAGUGACCCAUGAAAGACCGUCUCUGGAGGAAGUGGCAGACAAUCUAAACAUCCAGGAGUACGUUGUAGGUCGGCUAAUUCACGAUGUUCACUGGAUAGUGAUACGCUUGCCGCAAAGAUACAGCACAAUUGAUGGAAUACUACCCGAUCUGUCUGAAAAGAUGUCUAAAGGCCUGCAGUGGUUAGCGUCCAUGUUGCCGUCUGCACCACCUCUUCUCUGUCAGCCGGUGAAGGAGUAUGUGGAAGACUUCCUUCUGGAGGAGUACUUCACUCCGGUGCUUCAGAACCUCAAGCUCAGAAAGUUUCACAGACUGCUACACCAGGGACCGAACAUUUUGAUCACGCUGUACAACAACGUAGUGGAACACUUGGCCGAGGUUGCCUCAACACGAGACUUGUGUGAUUAUUCAUGGCCCGUCUCAGAGUUUGUGUGGAUUCACUCUCACAAAUCUCUGCCCAUGUCUCACUGGAAUACGUCCAAACACUUGUCGUAUCUAUAUGAAGAGAUCUCUCUGCUACAGUUACCGAGGUUCAAAUACAAAGAUUUCCACAGCAGCUCCUGGGACCAAGUGUGUGAAGAUGUGUGGUCGUUCGUCUCUGCGGUUGUAGCUCAGAACAAAGGCAAAAAUACAGUUAAUCUCGUCAGCAGAAUGAAGAUACUGCUGCAGCAGGUUAGAAAUGGUUUUGAAGACCUGUGUUUCCUGGAGGUGGGUGAGGCCCAGUGUGAGCCGACCUACGUGAACAUGCCGUGGACGGACGUGAUCGAUGCCUGCAUCAACUACAGACUGACGACUCUCACCAUGUGGGAUCCUCACCACACGGGCCAGGGACCCAGACAGGAAUUGACUGUGUAUUACAGGGAGGAAGACCUGAGAGACUAUGCACCACCGGAGUCAUGGAAUGAAGCUGCGGUCGUGUCAGAGCUGCAAGUUGGGAACACACUUGAAAGCACUUUCCAGAAAGCUGCAGCAAACAAAAUGACCAACUGGUCCGUGAUUGUUCAAGGAUCACCAACAUGCAGUGACCCAGCCUCGGAUGAUGCCACGGAAACCGAUAUGGAAGUGGCAUCAUUCCACAACAGUGACGACAAUGCCGACGAACCGGCCAUUCCAAGGAAAAUUCCAAAAUACUCUCAGAGUUCUACGCGAAAUGCGACUGACCUCAACAACAGUUCAGUUCGGAAUUCUUGGCUGGCGGGUAUUUCCAUGGAGACGGAAACGGAAAUGAACCUGCGAUCGGACUGCGAGGCUCUUGCAAAUUCUCUCAAAGCCGAGAAGAGGAAGUCGAAGAAAUUCAACCGGUAUUUGGAGUCUUUGUUGUCUUCGCAAAACGACUUCCAAAGUGAAGUGGCUGUCAUGUCGCCAUGUGCAUCUCCAUUGUUAUUCCAAGAAAUGGGUGAUAAUCUGGAGGGGGAGGAUGAACCGGUGCUAAACAAAACUGUGGGAGAGAGAAUGGACAGUCUGAAAGAGAGGAUUGCGUCUCAAAAGAAACAGAGUCAGCUGUUUGAGAAGAGGUUACAGAUGUUGAUCAACAGUUGAUGUAAAAUAUUAACAAGAGUUGGAUAUACCAAAUAGUGGAGCUUGAAAUUAUACUACUGUUUGCCAAACAAUGAACUUUGGUGAAAAAUAAUUGGUGUACUUGAACUAUACAUUGUGAAUGUGGCAGUGAUGAAAUGUGCCAAAGAAUGGCUUUACUGACAAUUCAAACUGUAUAAAUUUGUAUAUUUGACAUUUAGUUUAUUUGUUUUUCUAUUUGUAAUGUGUUUUUCUUUUCUUUCUUUUUUAUUCAUAUUUUGUAAAAAUAUUACUGUAUAUUGUAUCAUGUGUUGGGAUAAGUAUAUAAUUGUGAUUGCUAAACAUAUGAAUAUCCACAUUGAAAAAAGUGUUGAUAAAAUGUUUUCUACAA